UCGAACACUUUUUCUUUUUCGUAUAAAAAGAGCUUUUCCUUUUUUCUCUUUUUCAAUAGAAAAAACUUUUUUCCAGUUAUCGCGAAAAGGUUAGUAGAAGAAAAGAUAGAAGAGAAUGGUUUAUAUGAGAAGGAGCUGUUAUAAGUGUGGAAAUGUUGGUCAUUUCGCAAGUGAUUGUCCCGAAACAGACAGACUUUGUUAUAACUGCAAGCAGCCUGGCCAUCUAUCCAGUGAAUGUACCGAGGAGAAGGUUAUUGAACCUAAGCAAUGCUUCAACUGUGGUGAAGGUAAACUUCCUAAAAGACUCAAUAAUUCGUCGAAUUUAUGACAUGGGGGUAUUCAAUAUUAUGCUUAUAGUUGGUCACAUUGUUGCGCAAUGUCCUGUUGCCCGCUCAACACGUCCUAUAAAUAGAGAUAGCAAGCAAUGCUUCAACUGUCAACAGUUCGGUCAUAUUGCUAAAAAUUGCACUAAUGAACCUCAGUCUCGUGAAGGCAACUUGAACGAAGAAGACGGACAAAGAAUGCCUAGGAGACCUCAAUUCCGAUUCAAGCCUGUGUUAUGUAAUAAAUGUGGAGGUCCCAAUCAUUUUGCUAAGGAUUGUAAAGCAAGCAAUAUUCUUUGCUAUAAUUGUCAAAAGCGUGGUCAUAUCGCUCGUGAUUGUCCUUUAGCAGCUGGUGGUGCUGCCCCUGCUGCUAUGUUGAACGGUCAACAACAACAAAGACGUAACUUCAAUAAGAAAUGUCACAUCUGUGGAAAGCGCAACCAUUUAGCUCGUGACUGUUACUUUGCAAAGAGAAGAGAAUCUGAAGAAGCUGAAUCUGGCGAAGACGUUGAAGAGGAUGAGGAAGAAGCCACUGAUUCUGAGGAGGGUUCUGGUGAAGAAGGUUCUGAAUCUGACAGUGCAUAAAAUGAUUGCUCAUACUAUGAUUUUUCUUUGUAACUUAAUAAAAAAUCAAAUGAGCAAAAAGUCUUGAUGUAUUACUAUCAUUCUAUGAAAGCGCCUUUGAGCAAACACUUGCAACUUUACUGAUAGAAGUCAUCUUUGAAUCUAGGAACCUGUGUAUCAAUUUCCUUUCAGUGUUUCGUUUUUCACACUUGUUAGGAAGCGGCUCAAUGUCUAAUUGGAGUUAUUGUAAAAUGUACGGUCUUCGAGCCUUACCUUUCUCUCAAUUUCUUAUAACAAAAGCGCUCAAUUAAUACAACAAUAAGCACAGAUACUCAUGCGUUAUUAACUCUUGAACAUUACAUAAUGGAGUGUUUCUUCUUUUGGCC